UUUCUCUUUUUGUUUUCUUUCUCGUUUUAUUCUUUUCUUUUCGUUCUCUUUUGUUUUUCUUUCUUUUUCUUCCUCGCGACUAUUUCCUGUCUCUUCCGCCACGCCAUGGCCAUCACGUCCGCACACACUUAACUUUUUCUCUGCAGAUUCGCUAGAUACUGCAACGCUCCAGAGUAGCAGAGAGAACCAAGGGAUUUUUCAAAUGGCGAGAUCUACCGGCAAGGAUGCUCAAGCCCUUUUCCGUUCGCUCCUUUCUGCUUAUGCUGCCACGCCUACCAGCCUCAAGGUCAUCGAUCUAUAUGUAGGUUUUGCGGUAUUCACAGCUCUGAUCCAGGUAGUAUACAUGGCUAUUGUUGGAUCUUUCCCCUUCAAUUCCUUUCUCUCAGGAGUACUCUCUUGUGUAGGCACUGCAGUACUUGCUGUUUGCCUUCGUAUUCAAGUGAACAAAGAGAACAAGGAAUUUAAGGAUUUACCACCAGAGCGAGCGUUUGCAGAUUUUGUUCUCUGCAACUUGGUGCUUCACUUAGUGAUCAUGAACUUCCUUGGAUAGACAUUGUUGGAGUUAUUUAUGCAGCAUAUCUAUAUCUCACAUUUGCAGGCUGACUUAUAAGGGUAUAUACAAUACAGAGUCGUAGUUUGGAUUGUUAUGAUUUGAUCUCUCUGAGCAGAAACUUUUUGUCUCAUUGCAUGAAUCAGAUACCCAAAUUCAACACAAAAUUUCUAGCGGUCAUUUGGAA